CGGGCUGACAACACACACAUGAAUAACCACGGCGAUAUGUACUACUGCACCGGCUCCAGCCUCUUGGAAUCAUUUCCAGGCCGGACGCAUGGGCGCCGCUGCUAAUAGUAAUCCAUCCUCCAGCUCCUCCUCCUCCUUCUCGUCCUGGGACUCGUUUCCCUCCGACAUGAGCAGCGGAGAGACGGUCGGCGCGGAAACGAGUCCUCGGCCCAAGAAGCGAGCAGCGUCGGCUGCGCCGCCGUACAUAGGCGUGCGCGCGCGGCUCUGGGGGCGGUUCGCCGCGGAGAUCCGUGACUCGACGCGGGGCGGCGCGCGGGUCUGGCUGGGCACCUUCGACACCGCGGAGGACGCUGCGAUGGCAUAUGACCAGGCGGCGCUCUCCUCGCGGGGCACGGCCACGGUGCUCAACUUCCCUCUAGAGCACGUCCAGGAGUCGCUCCAUGCCCUCGGCGCCACGUCCGCGGGCAUGGACGGAUCGCCCGUUCUGGCGCUCAAACGGCGCCACUCCAAAAGAAGAAGGCGCAGCAAGGUCGGGAUUGCGAACGACGCGGCGACGACCAGGAUGAGGAAGAUCAAGACGAUGGCCGUGCAGGAGCGUCCGGCCAUGGAGCUGGAGGACCUCGGCGCCGAAUACCUCGACGAGCUUCUCAGGAUUACCUGUGGUACAACUUACUAAUAACACUAUCAACAGUACUACACAUACGCGAACCAACUUGUGGUUGGAUGGUUAGAGGGAUUGUGGUAUCUGGUGCUCGCAUUUAUUUUAGAAUUUCCGGUGAUGCGCAUUCAAUGGGAGGAGACAUUCCCAUGAAUUUUGUCCAUUUAUUAGAUGAUUUAAUGAGAAGAUUUG